UGCCCUGGUCUGUGCCUUUAGAAGUGUGACGCUCAUUGGUGCUGAGCCCAUCCCGCUGCGGGACAGACAACAUCAUCACACAGCCAAGAUGGUAGCAUUUAACUGGAAGGCUUUGGAGAAUUUCCCAUUGCUGAUGUACAUUUUGGCAGCUAAAACAUUGAUUCUUUGCUUAGCGUUUGCUGGAGUGAAAAUGUACCAGAGCAAAAAAAUUGAAGAAAAACUGAAGAGGGAACGUGAAGAGAAAUCGAAAAGAGAAGCAGAGAAGAAGGAUGAUUGA